UGGGACUCCAUGCGAAACAUUUUGGGACUAUGGGACUUCCUAUUUCUGAAGUGGAGUGGAAAUACAGACUGUGGCGCUUUUUCACCUUACAUUUCACAAUCUUGAUAAUUGCAGGUAAAGUGUCCCCGACCAGCUCCGAUGUCCUUCUCAGUGUGCCCUCUGCCGGUGCCACUCUCAGCCCCCCCGAGGUGUACCUCCCUGCCAGCUUCAAGCUGUCCAAUGCCCAGCUGGCCUUCUUCCUCCAGGAGACCCGCUCCUCCUCCUCGUCGGCGUCCGCAACCACAGGACGGCAGGGUGGCCACCCGCUGCAGAGGUCCGAGAGCUUUGUGGUGUUCCAAACCAAGGAGCUGCCGGCGGUCAACAUCAGCCUGGGUCCGUUUGUGCGCGACCAGGUAGUGUCCAAAGACCUCCUGCAGCCCUCAAGCCCCCUGGACGUCCCCGGCCGGCUGACGGUCAACUGGAAAGUGCGGGCGUUCAUCGUCCAGUCACGGGUGUUCGCCAGCAACCCGGUGGUGCAGGUGCUGUUCUACAUCGCCGGGCGGGACUGGGACGACUUCAAGGCGCAGGACAGCAUGCCCUGCGUGCGGCUCCACGCCUUCAGGGACAUCCGGGAGAUCAAGACCUCCUGCCGGCUGCAGGGGAACCUGGCCCAGUGCUUGGCCCAGCUCGAGCUGCCCAUCCCCUGGUUCAACGCCAACGUGGCUCCCCUGGGCCGGCGGAAAGGCUCCAGUGCCGACAGCCUGGAGCUGAGCAGCGGCAGCGAGAGCUUCCAGGUGGAGCUCUACUACACCUUGCAUGACCCGGACGGCAGCGGGGAGUGCAGCGAGAGCUUCCCCCGCCGCGGUGGAGGCGGCAGAGGUGAGGGCUCUUCACAACAGCCUCUCCUCCGCAUCGGAAGCAUCAGCCUGUACCAGCCCAGCCAGGAGGUGCUGGUCGUGGACAAGCAGCUGGACAAGAACAUCUUUCUGCGUCUGCCGGAGAAGCCGCUCAAGCCGGGCGAGACCUUGACCAUCAGCCUCUUCUUAGUGCCCAACUCCACCGUCGAGCAGUUCUCUCUCAAGGUGAAGGCAAAAAAGGGGGUGAACCUCCUGAGCACGGACUCCAAGAGCCCUCUGUGGAAGGUGGAGGGGGAGAGGCAAUCAGGAGCCAAGCACUCCAUAGCCACAGUAACCGUCAGCAAAAACAGAGAUGUCCAACCAGGGGAGAUAAUGGGCAACAUCGAAAUCAUGCAGCUGGACUUCGAGAUGGAGAACUUCACGAGCCAGUCCGUGACCCGGAGGAUAAACUGGAACAUCGACUAUCAGGGCCAAAACCCGCCGCCCGACUCCGAAAAGGUGGUGACCGAACUCACCGUCGUUCAGAGGGACAUCCAAGCCAUAAUCCCUCUGUCUAUGGACACCGAGAUCAUCAACACUGCUGUUCUGACUGGGCGAACUGUGGCCAUUCCCGUGAAGGUGGUUUCCGUAGAAAUGAGCGGGAUUGUCACGGAUGUGUCCUCUGCUGUCCAGUGCAAGUCCUCUAAUGAAGACAUUGUCAAGGUCUCCGACAGCUGCGACUACGUGUACGUGAGCGGCAAGGAGACGCGCGGCUCCAUGAACGCCAGGGUGAUGUUCACCUACGAGCACCUGAGCGCCCCGCUGGAGCUCACCGUGUGGGUGCCCAAGCUGCCCCUCAGCGUGCAGCUCUCCGACAGCCGCCUCAGCUUCAUCAAGGGCUGGAGGGUCCCCAUCCUACCAGACAGAAGAUCGGCCCGUGACAGUGAGGACGACGACGACGACGACCGGAAGAUGAGCCGCGGCUGUGCCCUGCAGUACCAGCGCGCCCAGGUGAAGGUGCUGACGCAGUUCCACACCACCUCCACGGAGGGCACCAACCAGGUCAUCACCAUGCUGGGCCCCGACUGGCAGGUGGACGUCACCGACCUGGUGCAGGACUCGCUCAAGGUGGCGGACGCGCGCGUGGCCGAGCUGGUGGACCGCACGGUGCUGGUGGGCCUGGAGCUCGGCUCCUCCUCGCUGAAGGUGGAAUCCCCUACCGCUGUGGAGGCGGUGCUGGGAGAGGCUCCGUUCUCAGUCACGGACGAGAAGGUCUCCGUCCUGGAGCUGCGGGCUCACGCCAUCUCUGGCCUGUCGCUGUCACUGCAGCCCAGUCCUGGCAACAGCCACACAAUGGUCGCCAAGGCAACGGGGCUGCAGACCCUCACCACCCCCAAGCAGGAAGCCAGCUUGUCUGUGUGGGUUUACUACAGCGACAACACGGCGUCCCCUCUGAGUCUGUACGAUCCCAAAGACUACAACCUGAACGCCACCAGCGCCGACGACAAGGUGGCCUCCGUGGCCCAGCAGUACCAGCGGUGGCCUGUGGUCACGGCCGAGGGCGAGGGCCACGGGGAGCUGGUGCGCGUGGAGAUGACCAUCUGCGAGGCGUGCCAGAAGACCAAGCGCAAGAGCAUCAUCGGCGCCUCCUCCGUCCACGUCAAGGUCCGCUUCGGCCCGGAGGAGGACUCCGAGGAGGAGGAGGAGAGCGAGCUGGACACCCGGGAGCCCUCCAACACCCGGCGGCCGAUCCUCGACGCCAACGUCGGCGGGGGAGGGUACGUGCCGUCCAACGAGCAGCCCGCGAGCGUUCCUAUCGACUACACCAACUUCCCGACCACCGGCAACCAGGAGCCUCCGACCGAGGAGGACGACGAAGAGGAGGAGGACGACGACGACGACGGCUACCCCACCUUGCCCCGCAGCAUGACGGACCUGGAGAUCGGCAUGUACGCCCUCCUGGGCGUCUUCUGCCUGGCCAUCCUGGUGUUCCUCAUCAACUGCAUCGUCUUCGUGCUCAAGUACCGGCACAAGCGCAUCCCGCCCGAGGGCCAGGCCAACAUGGACCACUCGCACCACUGGGUGUUCCUGGGCAACGGGCAGCCGCUGCGCGCCCAGAGCGAGCUGUCGUCGCCGCAGCAGCCGCCGCAGGCCGAGAGCCCCGGCCACCCGCUGGAGGGCGUGCAGACGACGUGCUGCCACGGCGACCACCACAGCAGCGGCAGCUCGCAGACCAGCGUGCAGAGCCAGGUGCACGGGCGCGGCGACGGCAGCUCGGGCGGCUCCACCAAGGAGCACGGCGAGGACGGCGGCGGCUCGCCCACGUCCAAGCGCAAGCGCGUCAAGUUCACCACCUUCGCCACGCUGCCCGCCGAGGACAUGCCCUACAACUCCAUCCCCGUCGCCGACGAGGAGGACAUCCAGUGGGUGUGCCAGGACAUGGGCUUCCAGGACCCCGAGGAGCUGCGCGACUACAUGCGCAGGAUAAAGGACAUCGCCUGAGUGGGUGUGUGGGUGUGGGGGCCUGCGCCGCGCUGUGCUGUGCUGUGCUGUAGGGGCUUUCUAGAGCUUUCUAAAAGACUUUCCUUUAUAUUUUUUUGCUUUUCUUUUUCACUUUAAUGGAGGUAUUUUUUCAAACUUACAAAAAAAAAGGCCAACUACAGUGUUUUUUUUUUUUUUUUUUGGGGGGGUUUUCUUUUGCACAGUGCUGUUACCCAUACACAUUCACACUUUAACCAACAGUUGCAAAAACAACAACAACAACAACCACAGCAACAGCAAAUGGAUAAAUGGAAAGCCAAAGACUGGACUAGAGGUUCUCAAUCACUAGCGAAAAAUGGCUUGAUGUGUCGGGUCGCUUCCCCAAGGAAAGCGGAGUACAAUCUCAAAGGGAAACGAAUGUUUCUGAGAUGAGCACGUUCAGCGGAAUGGAACUCCUAAAUGCUCCGUAACUCCUCACUGGGGCGAGAGCCUCCUGAGACAAGGACCUGAUCAAUAUGAGAGUGGAAUGCAUUAAGUCUUGGCUGAGUUUUCGUAAGUUUGUCAAAAAAAAAACACAACUAUUUUACUCCAACUAAGAGGCCUUUGAUGUGCAGAGUUCAUUUAAAGAGAGGGUUUGAAGAGGACUGAUGUGUGUCAUCUCAGCAACUGACUCUGAAGUAGAGUUCUUGUCAUGGAUAUGUAAUGGAUCUUAUUUUAUUUUAUUUUAUUUCAUUUCAUUUUAUUUGCCAGUGUGGGAAAUAUCUGGAUUUAUGACUCUUGUUAUUAAUUCUUACAACACAUGCUUUGUUUUAGAUGAGUUUCAUAUGUUUGCUACAUUUCAUACUCCGAAACAAAUCAUAGCUGGUUUCUUUACCACCCUCUCGGUUCAGUCAGAUGCCUUAUUAAACAGAUUUCGCCAGUCACUACUAACUUGAGUGACACACUGUUUUUUUCCACGUUGGUCACGGCCAACGGUGGGAGCUGUUACCUUAACAAUUCAAAACAGACAAAAACGCCAUGAAUUACAACAUCUGGGGAAAGACAAGAGCUUGUACAUUGUGACCAUGAAAAUGAUCCUCUCCGACAUUCUUUGCAUGAAAAAGGAGGCACAAUCAGCAAAGUUUUUUCUUUUUUUUCCAAAUUUGUAAAUGUUUGUAUUGUAGCGAAAAUUAUCUAACCAUACAUAAACAAUACUAAAGGACAUAACUGUAUGUUAUCAUGCAUUGCGUGCAUGCAGUGCGGGGUCUGCCUCCAUCCAGCCUUCCCCCCAUGUGUAGAUAGACACCAUGGCCAGCUGAAGAGCCCAUGCUGGGGAGGAGAGCCCUGACCACAGGGGGGUCUCAGCUGGAGAAGCAGGAAGGAGGAUGUUCUGACUCAACGCUUUAAUAUUUGGUCUUUUUAUAGGUUUUUCUUUUU